AUUGGAACCAAUGGAACCGGGAGCCACCACGGCAUGCCAGUGCAAGUUCCGAAGGUUUAUCCAUUAGUUAGCUCACAAAAGCAAAGAAAAACAAAACAAAGCAAAACAAAACAAAGCAAAGCAUAAGAUUGAAACACUUUGCACAAAGCAAGUAUAUACAGUAAGGAUGGACUACUACACCCUGACUCUCCGCAAGCGUCUGUACCUUCAGGUGUUGCUCGAGCAAAUGCAAGAAUCGGACAACGAGAACACGAACCAUGACACAAACGCCAACGCCAACGCCACGAUCACUAUCGUGGUUGACAACCACCGGUCCCCGCCCCGCAAUACGACCAUGUCCGAAGUCGCCAACAAGAAGAGGGCACGUAUCGGUAUCAGUAGCGCUAAGAUCAGUCGUUCGCAAGCUCGCCGGUCUUUGCGAAAGCAACGUCGUAGCAGUCAGUUCCAACAAGCAUUGGCUCGACUGGAACAGCAACCGCACUGCCGUUGGCAAAGUAUCGCAGCGCCUCAGUGCUUCAGUCCGCAGUUCCUAGAAAAGCAAGAAAUCGUCAAGGCUGCCACUGACCGAAGUCGAGAUCUUCAAAAGCAAACAGCUUCACCCCUGCGAUCCAACGCUGCGCCGCAAAGACCUAGAAGACGACGAAGCAUGGAAUGCCGACCUAGAUACCCAAGGCGACAGGCCAGCAUUGUAGAACAGUGCUUAGACGGAUCCAACCAUUCACAGUUGUCGGCAAAGGCAGCAUAGCCAACUAAGUUAGUUAUUACUAUUAAUUAAUUAAGACAUUCUACUACACAUACAGAAGUGUAGCUCUUCAUGCAUGUGAUAGAAGAUAAUGCAAUAGACGCAUAAGCUAAUUCUUGUCUUUUCCAAUAGUGCUAGAACCGACAAACUUCUAGCCGACAAACCCCCAAAAAUUUUAUCAUUAGUAUGAUCACCAAUCAAAAAACACAGCUCACCUCCCUUCUUGCAUUCAAAAGACACUGGAUUGGUCAAACAGAGAGG